GAGUUGUGACAACAUCUCGACUGAGCAAACGAAAACAAAUUAGCCUCCGAGGUGCGAGGCUGCACACGCUGACACGGACUGUGGAAAUAUUUAGACUCGAACGUAUAGGGUUCAGUCCUGACUCACACGCGACCCUUUUCCUCGCUGUGCUUGGUUGUGACGAGUUUGGUAUCAUCAGAGCGCACGAGAGCAGUGGGCACGCACUUUUCCUCAAUCAGAUUACUUCGUUCUGUCUGACCUUCAGCUCGGGUAAGUGAUAUUUCAGCACCGCAGCUACAAAGUUAGCUUCUGCUAAAACACUUCAACCCAGCCAAACACUGCAGCUGCCUAUGACAAGAGCAUAUAACCCACUUUAUGUUAAGAUGGAAAAUAUCAUUUAGGCCUAUUAAGCCUCAAAGUAAGACAGCCAACUUUUUUAGUCGUCAUUAAAAAUAAAGACCUCAACUUUUUUUGUUAUUUUCAGUGGCUUAAAUAUGUGGCGGAAUUACUGCAAAAUCGUCCAGUUUUUGCAUCGUGAAUAUAACACGUACCUACAUCCGUUUGCCUACACGACCCAUUAACUUUACUGAUAGACAUCACAAGUGACAGUGCAUCUUAUGUCAUUUUAUAUCCAGCAAUUUACGGUGUUAUUGGGAUCAAGAUGAGGUAUGAUUGUAAAGAUGUCAUUUCAUAUUUUUCUUUAUCGAGUAGAAAUAUUUUUACACAAAUAACGCUGGAAAAAAAAAGGACAAUAGAAAAAAAAUAAAAACCAAAAUCAGCUGCUUUCACAUACAAGGUGGAUACUGGUACCAUUUUGACACCCACUGUGCAAGACCAUGAUGCACUUUUCCCCCCCCUUUUACUGUAAUCAGUGAGUAUCUGCUGAGAGCUGCCCCCCUUACCAUUUAUAAGCAACAGGCAGGCUGGUAUCAGUGACAACACCUCAGUCCGGGGGGUAUGCUGCUAUGUAUAAGCUGUGACUGUAAAACUGGACAGACCAUAAUACACUGCUGCUUUUUCCUGUACAGUGCGCUCACAAAUAUACCAAAGGCAUCACAAGCCAUUUAUGCCUCCCUCGGUCCCCCCUCUGCAGAGUGGGCUUUAUUUACAUACCAUGUUUGCUAUUAGUGUGAGUGCGUGUUUAGUGGGGGGCGCUCUUUGUUAUGCUUUAUGCUGUCUAGUAAUACUAUGUCAAUGUUUCAUUCCAAUAUUUGUCGACAUUUAGUGUGCACCUGCAAUUUAGAGGCAACUUUAGAAGGAGCGACAUGUCAAACCUUGUUUUGCUAUAGAAAAUCACAUAUAAACAUUUGACCAUGUUGCUGUAUUAAGGUGGGAUAAUAGGAUCAUGUUGCUGGUGUCGAUCUUCAAUCAUCAUUCAAAUUAUUUUUUUCAUGGUCAGCGUGUAUCAAAACAGCUUUCUUUUUUCUUCUUAACUCCUCAUCCAGUUAAAGUAUCACUUUAUCCUCUCCACAGCUAGUCUAUAUCUCACCUUUGUAGGCCCACAUGUGUCCUUACAGUUUGACCACCAUACCAGCCUAGUAUUUAACAGCAGCUCCAAACUUUGUGAUCAUUCAAAUCAAUUCAAACGGCAAAGUUCAGAGGUCAAAGAAAAAAAGGAACCUCUCAUACUAAGUUUUUCAAGCUUCUGUUUUUCAUUCAUCGUGUCUUGGGUGCUUGAUCUUUGUGCAUUUUUGAGAAGUUUACUCUCAUACCUUACCAUUAGUCCGGCAUUGAUCAUGUGGUUUUGUGAAACUCUGUUUUGACAGCAAAUGACGUAAGUUUCCAGAAAUAGAAAACAUAGAGGUCAGCACACACGUCACAUUAAUGACACAGAUUGUUUAAGUGAAAUAUUUGAGAAAACUUGAAGCAAAGUGGUGUUGAAACCAUCAGCAGCAAUAGUCUUUAUGAUUACCUUUGGUUGAAAAAAGUAGGAUUUUGUGGUUUAAUGUUUCUUUGAAUACUGUUGUGCUUUCAGUUUCUUUUCUAAAAGUUUUUGGGAAGUAGCCAAGACUAUUGAGGUCAGCCAGCCCCAAUGUUGGGUUUCUUGGUGAUGCACGUAUUUCUGUUUAUUGGUUUUUGUUUAAAAAAAAAAAAAAAAAAAAAAAAAAAAGGACUGGGGAGCUUCCACCUCACCGUUACUCAUCACUGCUGAGAAGUUAGACACACACAGAUGGGCAUUCAUAUGCAUGCAGGUUCAGCUGCAGGUCUGUGGUUUAACAAAAAAAACAAAACAAAAAAAACAUCCAGUAAAUGAGCCGUGAAGGGGUGUUCAGGUCUUAUAAUGGGGUGAAUAUUUUACAACAUAAUAUGGAUUCUGAUUUGUAAUGUGGUGAUGGAGACACCAAACCUCUUUCCCAUUAUUUUCUGUUUUUUCUUUUACUUCCUGUAAAUAAUUGGACGGAAACAUUCCCAUUUCCUAUAAAAAGAUCAAAAAGAUAGACCAAAUGGCACAAGCUGAAACUAUUACACUAAUUCAACACUACCACAUGUUCCUUAACAAAUUUAAUUUAGUUAAUGUUUUGUAUUUUAUCAUGUGCCCCUUGAUGUGUUUCAAUGAUUAUCUUAGGAAUGCCUCUGAACAAAAAUCUAGUCAAAAGGAUCAGAAAAUAUUACUGUAGCCAUCUGCUGUUAGUACAAUCAGGGAAUAUCGUAAUUAAGGUGACAAAGUCAGAACCUAGUAACAGGUUUUUUGGGACAAAGGAGGUUGAAGGUUUGUGAGUAGUUGUUGGGACCUUCAUCUGUCCUGUACUGGUUCUGUCAUUGUGACAAAACACAAGUCUGUGUACAGUGUUGAAGCUUAGACAAAAUGGCACAGAUGCACACAGAGGAGUCAGUGAGGUUACAGAGUACACGAGGUGUAAAGGGUCGAGGGUUAGUUAACAUACUGAGGGGUGAGGUCACUGUCAGCGAGGUCAGAGGUGGCCAGCCAGUAUGUGGAGCAGCGGUGUCGCCCGGCAGACUGAUUGCACCCUCUCCAAUAAGCACAGUGACAACCUGCUCAAAUGACCUUCAAAGGAAAACAGAGUAGGAUUUCAAGCUCUAAACCUUUGUAGUAGAGACGUCUGUUUCUUUCAGCUACUUUAAAUAUGAUCCAAAAAACUGAAAAUGCUUUACUACAAAUAUUUCCAUUCAUAUACCCAAACUGAUUUCUAAACUAAACGCUAGCCCAGAGCAAUUCCCCCUCUGCAAAUAUUGUCUGUGAAAUAACACUCUUUGUUAAUGUACCACGAUGACUGACUUUAAAAAGCCCAAUUCAUCAAUGAAUCUUAAAGCAGGUAGAAAUUCUCAUUAUUUUCUACACCCUUUUUGUUAAUUUUACUCAAUAUUGAAGCUAAAAUCAGUUUUUUCUUGGUUUGCGAGUACUGGUUAUGGAUUACUGCAGUUGCACUGGUGGUCAAUUCCUCUGUUAUCUGUUGAUUUUGAUAUCAGCGUAAAUUGUGUUACUACUUCUAAACUUUUCACAAAAAAUGAACCUGAAAGCUGUAGGAUCGUGGUAUGGGCCUGCUGCAUUCUAUACUAUAAAAUAUGAUAUGAAUACGAUAGGUUGAAACAAAAGUAUGAUACAAUACAGCACUAUACCGUAAAUGAUACUACACAUACACAAUGACAAUACUAUCAUGUCACAGUGAUUCUGCAGUAGUUGAUAAAUUACAAAGAAAUCAAGUUCCGCAGAACAUCUAAGAGUAAGAAUAACUUUAUUGAUUUCCGAAGGGAAAUUCAAUUGUCUGCCCUCUCAUAUGUCAUGUCUCUAAAAGUCAUCUACGAUUUAUAAAAGGGUUGUAAAAUCUGAUGGCUGUGGGUACAAAAAGAUCUUCUGAAUCUUUCUGUCGUGCAGCGAAGAGAGAGGAGCCGUCCACCACCAUUGGCCCUUUGGUCCAUUAAGUCGUUAUGAAGUGGGUGAUCCAUGUUCUUUAGAACAGUCUCCACCGUCCUCAGUGUAGGAAUUCAACCACGGAGCCAGCUUUUUUCACCAGUUUGUUCAGACAUCUUGCAUCUUUUUAUUUGAUACUGCCUCCUCAGCAGACUGCAGCGUGGAACAGAACACUUGCCACCACAGACUGAUCUGUGGUGGCACACAUCUGAUUAAUGUGGUAAAUUAAAAUUGGAGUGGAAAUCUGUUCAGAUAGCUAUAUUAGUCAGUCAGUGAUAAGGUAAUUUUUUUUUAAACAUAUCAAUAUAAGAUACACUUAGAAAAGAUAAAAAAAACCAUUUUAACUCAACAGUAAAACAAAAGUAGAUAAAUUCUAAAUAAUACAGUGAACUAGUUUACUGUCCUGAGUGUUUUUGCAGGUAUGCAAGAACCAAAAUAAACAAAUUGCCCCCUCAGGUAUAUUGAAGAUGCCUUAAAAUGUAAACAUUAGAUGACAGUAGAUGAUAUGAUUAUUGCUGCUUUGGUCUGUGGCUGCACCGCUAGUUGUGGCUAAACUGCUAAUGUUACUCGUACCGUCAGCAGUGACAGGCUGUUCAGACUCCGCUCACAUUUUCAUGCUUUACGCAUAAUAAUUCAGGAAGAACUUCUUCAAAUGAUCAAACACAUUUGUUGUGUUGCCGGUUUUUGAAGGCACUGAUCGCCGACAUACCUUGCACAUCGGCUUAAUUGCCCAACGUCACUUUGGAGAUACCCGAACCACUGCAACACAACCGACGUAGAACAACUUCUCAACAAUAACAUCUUCAGAGGAUGACUCAAAGUCGUGGCUGACAUCUAUUUUGCUGCCCUCAGCUCUGCGUUUAGCUCCACGCUCGGUCAUUCUUUUUACUUCUCCUGUUUACUUCUCCGGCAACUUACAUAAGUUAGCAGGAAAAGCUCGACUCUGAUUGGCUGUUGUGACGCACAUUUCCGCUAUGUUUAAUCGAGUAAAUAUGCUCACAGCUGAUCACCGUGAUCAAACUGAAAUUUAUCACGAUCAUCGAUCACGAUUAUAUUAUCGCCCAGUCCUAGUCCCACCCCUGCUUGCUUAUUCUUGAUAGUGCAUUUUAACCAGUUUUGGUGGCCUGUAUUUGUAUCAUAUUGUAUCAUCAGCAUUGUCAGUUCCUAUACUGGUGUCAGUAUUGAUCAGCAUUUCUCUUGUUUAUAUUUUUGUCUGUGUUUGAUUUUGUGAAACAUACAGACCCAUCACCUUGUCACAGAGGUGCACAAAUUAGUACAAGCACUGCAUCCUGUGUGCUCUGAUUAUGGAAAAGUGUGUGUGUUGGUCAUAUUUUCAGCCUCAUUGGACUCAUGUCCGCUUGUGAUGGGUUUAAUUUUCUUCAAGUAAACAUAGGCAGCAGAGCCAACACACACAAAUGCACACCGGCACACUGACUGGGCUCAAUAGAUGUACUCUAGUGUGAAAGAGCAUCAGCUGUGUGUAAACACAGUCUCAUCUGUGCUCCAUAUGGACAGAUGUUGCAUGACCUGAAUGGUUUUUUCCUGAGGUUUGGUGACUAGACAAGGUAAAAACUUAAUGAGGAACUGCUUUGCUGUUGUUCCAGAUUUCUCAUAAACAUUGUCAAAGAAAAACAGAAAGACCAAAGAAAUUACCAAACAAAUUUAACAUUCAAGCCGGACUUUUCGAACCACAGAAAUGACGGCUUGGCAUGUGCUGUGUGACAACAUGACCCAUGAUCCAUCAGAGGUGAGUGUGGGUGGGACACUUAAGGGCAUGUGCUGAAUGUGUGACUCCACUUCCUCAUUUAUCUCCACUCCACUGUUUCAUAUCCUCUUUUGAGUGACAGACAGUGGUGGAGGUACACAACAGUGUCUCUUUUCUCUAUCAGAACGGCGGCUCAGCGUCAUGUUGGAGUAUGUUCGGACAAUGGACCUGUUAGAGUAAAACACAGGGGUCUGUAGUUGUAGAGUUCGGCGACUUUGGCCCUCUCAAAGGCCUAUUAGAGAUUCCAAGGAGUGAUAGUUUCAUUUUCCUAUUAGAUGUUUAGUCAGCUUUGCGUUUGAGAAGUAUGAGGACUUCCUGUUCCCACUCUAAAAAUUGAAGUAUGUUGUAAUAUAAUUAGUGAGCUGUCAGUUGUCAUUGUAAUCAUCUGACUUUAUCGAAACAUGAAAAAGAUAAAUCGCUGAGCACAUUUUGUUUGUAAUCUGCAGUUUCACUUAUGAAGUUUUGCUUAAAAGGAUAUUUGACAUUGUAAGAAAAAAGUUUCCUGCUUGUUAAGUCUGUACAGAGUCUUUCUGUCUUUUGUGGUCUUUGUGUUUGAAAGUUUCCUGAAAGUUAACAUUCUUUCAUACUAACUAGAAACUCUCCUUUGAAAUACUGCAGCCAGCUCCCCCAAUAUUACACCCCCUGGGCUUCUCAAACAGGUUUUGCUCCAUUUAAUUUCUAGUACUCUUUUCAUUGCCAAAGGCUUUGAACUACUGCUAACAUAUUUCAACGAUUUUUGUCUUUUGGCUAGACUGGUUUCAAUGUGGUUUUCAAAUUUGGAUCAAGUCUAAUGUGUAAUGACAUAUUCUCAUCAUGUCGAAUCUCCUUCUGGUUAGGCAAACUGAGUCUUACUGAUUGUAUUUAAAGGAUAGUUGUAUUCCGUACACUUAAACCUCCCCCUACAAAGUUGCACCUGGCUCUGCACAGCUGUUUAGGACUUUACAGUACUUUGCAUUGCCUGCCAUUUUUUGAUUGUUCAUUAGGAUGAUUCUUAAAAACUUUGUAAUAACUUCUACAGCAAGUAUUAAACCCCUUUAUGUAGUUUCCUCUCUGUUAUUAUAAUUAAAAACAUGUGCUGUCUAUUCCUUGAGGUAAAAAGAAGACCUAUAUGUGGCCCAUAGAGUCUGAUGCAGCCUUCUCUUUCAGAGUCAAAUGUCUCCUCUUAUGCACCAACGCAUCCUUGGAUCCAUCCUCUGUAUUCUGUCUUUGAGAGCCUACGGCAGUAUAUUCAGCUCAUUGUACCUUUCUCCAGUUUUUUUUUUUUUUUUACAUUUUUGUUAAAAAGAUCAUAUUGGAGAAAUAGGAAAAGUUAUGAAUCCAUGAUCAAUGCACAACUUUGAGUUUAGCAUGUUGUGUCUAGUUGUAAAACCUGUUUUUUGUUUUUAAAGCAGUCUGAUUAAAAGAGGAAGGUAAUAAACAAUGUCACCUUUUGCACUUUCAGAAUCAACACACUGUCAUUAGUCAUACUCUUAAAAGUAAGCGGCAUGGUUUAUGUACUUUCCUACUCUAAUAUUUCAUGGACGAACAAUUGCAUUGAUCAAUCCUGAGCCUCAUUUUACUUUAAAUAAUCUCAGAGGAAAUUCUUCCUUUUUAGAAUCUGUGCGUCUAAAGUGCACAGCUGGAUCUGGCAUCUUUAUUAAAGGCCACAUAUCGUUGUUAGCUGUUGUUUACAGUUGUCAGCUGUUGUUGGCCAUCAUCAGCUGUUGUUAGUUGUUGUUUGGUACACCAGUUGUAAACAAUGCAUAACACAGUAUUUUACUCUUACAAACACCAUAGCACAAAUACCACUUUCUCAAUUUCACAAAAACAAAACAGAAGUGCUAAUAAAUACAACAUUAUGAGAGCUUUCAUUGUUACUCUUUACUGUUGACGCACUGCGCUGCCAUCUUGGAUUAUGACGCUGUCGUCAAGUCGGGGUUGGUGAGGAUUGUCCGACUUUCUGAGUCGGAAUUUUGAUUUAAGGGGGGCGUUCCAGAUGAAUUUCUGACUCAGAGCUCGGAAAUUCCGACUUCCGAGUACAACUGGAACGCAGCAAAAGUUACUCUAAGAAUCACAACAUUUUCAGGUGUAGAAUCAGACUCCUUGGAUUACCUUCUCCUUUUCUGUGAGCAUUUGUAAUGGUCCAUGGAGGAAAUCUUCAAUUCUAUCGUAUUGUUGUGUGUGUGUGUGUGUGUGUGUGUGUGUGUGUGUGUGUGUGUGUGUGUGUGCGUGUGUGUGUGUGCGUGCGUGCGUGCUAUUGUGGAAUCAAUUCUUUCUGUGUGCCCUAUAAUUUCAGACUAAAAGGAAUUGAUACUUAUCAGGCACACACACUCACACACACUCACACUCACACACACCUGUUCCCUUGUAAACUUAUCUUGUUGAUAAUCAUCUUCUUGACCCCUCCUUGAACUCCCCUGUGUUUUCAAUUGUUUCUGUCCUUCCUGUCUUACCUUUUUUUGCUCACGCUCUCCUUGCUCUUCCUUUCUAAAGGGCUCAGGGGCAGACACAUUCUUAUUGCUGGUGUUAAUUGGUUAAGAAUAAAAGCAGGAGAUUGAGAGUGACACAGUGGCAGAGAGUAGUAAUUAGAGUUAAAGAAGGUGGAAAGCCUGGAAAGAUGAGGUUUUAAUUCUUCAUGGCAACAACUGAUUAAAUUUCUCUGUUUGUGUGUAUGUGUUUGUGUGUGUUUCUUAUCUUUUUACUCAUCUCUCAAAUGCUUCUCAUUCCAUUUCUCCCUGCACGGAGACUCUCGCCCAUGCAAAAAGAAAUGCAGCAUGGCUGGUUAGCCGGUUUAUAGACUGUCCUUCCUCUUUUGCACACAAACACACUCAUGGAUUCCCACUUAUGUUUACCCAGUAUUAAUAAUGGUUGGUUUAUCUGCUCCACAUUAGGAAGGCUUUAUCAGUUGGGAAAUUAACAUCUAAUAGCUUAGUGAUCAUCCAAAUUUGUGAAAGCAUAGGGGUACAUUAAAGGCCCACUCUGAUGAAAAUCAUGUUUUUCUUGUUUUUUUUAUAUGUUCAUAUGGCAUUUUUCUGAUGCUACAGGACAUAUCAUGAGAAAACUAAAUGCGAAAUUGCCUCUGAGUAUUUCUUCAUGUCACACUUUUAGUAUGAGGAAGUGAUUUUUUCGUUUUUGUGAGCAUAAAUAAUUUGAUAGCAGAGCCGGGCUUGUUUGAUGUUGAGUUCCUGUAAACAGAAGCAUCUCUGCUGGAAUCAAUGGUGGAGCAUUCUUACAGAGGUACUACUGUGCUCCUGUUUAACUUGUGCUUUUUUUUUUGGUAUGGCUAAAGAUCCAAAAUAUUUUAGGCAGACUCAAAGGUAACUGAGCAUAAAACAAUUAGUAAUAUUUAUUUAUUUACUGUAUUUGAUCUAUAGCCAUUAAAAGAGUCGUAUUUGUUUAUUACACUCCACACCAUCAUGGUUUCAAUGUUGAGUACAUACUGUAUUUAAAACAUUGGGUAUGAUUGAAGUCCUGUUUGAUGCAAGUGUGCAUAUUGAUGAAUAGUGAAAUUGUAAAACCAAUGCCUGUGUUCCUGACUUUAACUAGCUGGGAAUAUUGACAAGGUUGUUUGUCCUACUUAAUCGAGAGAUGGCUUGAGGUUAGAAAAGCUGGGUCAGACUACACUCAGACAUUUGACACAGCGGUUCAACACUAACAAACACUUACUAAGAUUGUCACAUGUAUACUGUAUUUGUUUACUAAGUCAUUGUGACCAUAGUGACCUGAGGAGUACUGACAAAAUGCCUGGCGGACUAACAGAAGAGGGUCUUGAGUGCUGUGCUUGUUUGUGUGCAUGCAUGUCUGUGUUUGGGACCCGCCUCCUCCACAGGCCUUUGUCAGAAGAGUACAAGGCUUUAUUGGUCAAUGAUUUUUCCUCCUACAUAAAAGCUUCAUGAUUGGCCAGACUGGACUGGACCGCAGCUUUACCAACCAAUAGGCUGCUGUCCUGGAGGGGUCCUGCCCCCCGGUCAAAAAUAGCCCAGUAAAUACACUGCGGGCACUAUGAGAACUGGAGCUGCCUCACUGAUGAAUGCUUUGUGUACAAACAAGGGAUGCUUGUGAGCUGGAUGCUGCUGAACCAUGCUGGUCAGUGUUUUCCUCUGUUGUGAUAGGCACAACUAGCUUAGUGGCACUUUGAUACCGCUGUUUGUGUUUCUGUAUCCAGGGAGAAAGGAAAGGGGGGACUUAUGAAAGAAAGCACCAAGUCGAGCUGCACACAGAACAGAGGAAAGUGUUGCAAUUAUUAAACUACACCACAAACUAGGGCUGGGCGAUAAAACAAUAACGAUAUAUAUAUGGAAAAUUAAUUUCCCUUAAUAUCAAUAUAAAACAUGGUCACUAUUCUUUUCAAUAGUCAGCAUUCUGCCAUGUUUUGGUAGACUAUAUGAGUAGCCAAUGAAAAGGGGAGUUGUCCCGGGUCCGCUUCACGCUGAACCAAUCGUGCUGAAUCAGAACCAAGUAGCAAACAACUGCGUAGUAGCAGGCUGCAGCUAAACGCAGCCAUAGCACUUCAACACAUAAAGCUGCCAGCACUGUCGGUGAGAAAAAAAGAAAGAGUGCUACAGAUGAUUGACAACACUGGCACGAAAAUGUCGGUGGUGUGGAGGUAUUUUGGUUUAUUGAGGUCGGACAUGAAGCAGAGUAAUGUGUACUGCAAAUUAUGUUGAGUACAUGUUCUCUCAAAGUGGGGGAAUACCUCAAAUCUUUUUCAUCACCUGAAGCAGUGCCACGCGGCAGAGCACACACAAUGCAAAAGGUUACAAACCCCGAGUGGAGCAAGAGCCCAUGGCACCUGUGCAGCGGAAACAGCCGACCAUUCAGUCCGCUUUCUCUAGCACAACGCCUUAGGACAAAACUUUGAAUAGAUACAACGACCUCACAGAUGCAGUGGCUUAUUGUAUUGCAAAAGACGUGCUACCAGUAAGCACUUGUACAUUUCAUUUUUUAUAUUGUGAUAUUCAUCAAUGUUGACUGAUAUGAAAUAAAUUUAUUAUGAUAAACUUUUUACCAUAUCGCCCAGCCCUACCACCAACCUUUCCAUCAAAUUACAAUGAGUUUUCUGCAUGUGGCCUUGACAGUAUGAUUCAGGACAUAUGGAUAUAGAUUUGUUGAUUGAAAUAAAAGUCAUUAAUCAUAUAUCUCAGUUAAAAAAAAGGUUAUGUGAUGGAUUCAACUUUUGGGCUGAAGCUAUCCCAAGAAGUCAGAGUUGUUACUUCAUAAAGACCUGCAGCAAACACAAGCAAACAUUGCUGGUUGCUUCACAGAAUAUUUCAACCUCUUAAAGUAAACUUUCAGUAAACCAGAAAUCAAACACAGUCUCUUUAUUUUAAACUUGUUUGUGUGCAACAAUUUCACAUUACCUGAAUUAAAACUCCAUUAAUAUUUUGCAUGAUCUCACCACUAGGAGGCUUCUACCUUCUGACGCUUUUCUGUUGUUUGCGAUGUGCUUAUCUUUUGGAUUGAAACUACUUCUUCACUAAUCCAUAUUUGCUUGCUUUAGCUUUCGCCUAGUGCACAUGCAAAGAGUGAAGAAAAGGGAGGAACGUGACUACAGUCUCAAGUAAACAAAUCUUAUAGCAUCUUUUCAGGGGUUAAAUUAAAUUUGAACCCACUUGACUGUCACAGGUUUGAACAAAAAACAACAGCUGAAAGUAUAAACCUAUACUUGUAUACCUCAAAGUUAGCUUCUAUUCAGUGCAUGCACUUAAAUGUUAAAAUAAUAUCUAAACCAAGCCUCUCUUAAAAUGGUGAUACUCUGAAUACAGAUGUGAGAGGCAGUGUCUCACGUAUUUUGCGAUUUUCUCGCAGAAAUGUGAGUAAUGAAUAAUUAAUAUUUUUUUGAUAAAUUUAAGUGGAAAAUGUGUCAUGCAGUGUGCCACAGUGUCAAAUCAAAUAAAUCAUCUUUCAUAGCUAAAAUAAGAGAAGUACAAUACCGCAGAGUCUUGUUUGAAAACAUGACCAAUACCACAAUUACUUAGCAAUUCUUCUGCCCUUCAUGGAAGUUGAAAACUCUUUCUCUGUUGUUUUUCUUCUGUCUGCUGUUAAUCACUGCUCUGUAGUCACUACAUCUGUUGUAUAUCUUGAGAAAGCAAUUUUUUAUUAUAAUUUGUAUGCCUAUAAGAUAAUCUUUUAAGAAUGUUGUGACUGAAACUUUCAGUAAACUGUGUCAAAUAGAUCAGUUAUGAAAAAGUGUGUGAAUACUAAAGGUGGGAAUCACCAGUGACCCCACGAUACAAUAUUAUCGCGAUUUUUAACAGUUUGCAAUACAUUGAGUAUUGUGAUACAAUACAUUGUAACUCAUACAUUUUUUUUUCAACUUUUAGCAUUUGUCUUUCCUUUAUGUUUGUCUUAUUUACACAGUGUUUUAUUUUCAUGUAGCACAUCUAAUAAACCUUUUGUUUCAGGUCCAUCUCAUUUGUGCCCACUGCCCUGCUUGCAUUCCUAAUGUCUUUCCCCGGGUGGCGCUAUAUUUGUUGCACUAAUUUUCUCCUGCUUUAUGAUUUCACCCCUGCCAACCUCACUGGAAAAACUGUUGAUUUUAUUUUUCCAUUAUCGUAGAUUUGAUAUCAUAUUGACAAUUAAUUUGAAAAAAUCAAUUCUCGGUAAAUGAGACGAUAAGACAUAUCACCAGACAAAAUAUCAAAAUACUUUGCUGUAUCAAUUUUUUUCUCCCACCCCUAUAACUAAUACUGACUGGACAUAGUUUGUCAAUGCUGAGAAGUAUUAAGUUAUUAUUAAAUUUCCUAAGUGUAAUCUGUGCAGUUUUUUAGUCAUCGAAGCCUUGACGUUUGUGUGCGGCAUUGUGGUAGUGUGUGGGAGUGCCUUUAAAGAAGUAAAUUUGCUGAUUCACCACCAAUCAGCUCAGGAAAACACGUCCACAAUGAGCCUGCAGCAAAAAAAAGGAGUUGCUUUCAGAAUUUGUGUGUGUGUUUGUACACGCACAUGUGUAGGUGUUGCUAUAUGCAAAUAUUGUGCAGAGUUUCAGGAGGGAGGCUGGGCUAAGGGAGGAGUUCAACAUGAGAGAGAAACAAGAGAAGGAGAAGAGUGUGUUAGACACUGGGCUCCUGUUGUUGUUACACCAGACUACGGCAUUCAGGCUAAAUUAGGGGAAGAGGAGGAGAGUGGGUUGAGGAGAAGAAGGAGGAGAAGAAGGAGGAAUAGGAAGCUGAACUGGUACUUAGAGGAAGGUGACUAAUAGCGACUGUCACUUAGCCUACUGUAACUGCGCUGGUGGAGGGAGGAGUGGCGUUACAGCCAGUGAACCGGCAUAUGAAUGCAGUCAUUUGUAGAGCCUGGCCUGCAAACAAGUGUCUGUGCCUAACUGUCAGGGAGUGUUUGCUUUAACACGUGGACAAGUGGAUAUUCUACUGGCUGCACUAUGAGGUCUUGGUGAUAGCUGUAGAGUUGUGGGUAAGUUGUGGAUCUAUAUGUAAUACUGUUGUAAGGGCUCCAGUCUUGCAGAUGUGCUGUUAGCCUCAACAGGUCUGAAUGCAGUUUGUGUGUUUUGUCAAGUGGUAAAGGUAAAGCAGCGGGAACAAGAGAGGUCACGUUGAUAAAAUAGUUGUGUACCAUUACAUUUUGACCUUUCAAAUCCAGAAAUAGCAUCAAGUGCCUAUACCGUAUUGUUCAACAAUGUAAUGAUUGUUAUGUGGCGCUAAGUGAACACACAUACUGUCAGAGAGAUGGCACUGAUUAUGUGGCAGCCGGGUGAGGAUACAAUGAAACCCACUUGUUUGGCUUGUUUGAAAAAAUGAAAAUGCUGAACUGAAGCGGUUAGAGUUCGAGAUCUAUGAGCUGCUGCUUCUUCUUCUCUAAAUUUUUCACAUCACUGCACCACAACAGGUUGACUUAUGUCCUCAUUUGUAAGUUCCACAAUGAGUAAGGUUUGUGUCAACCACGUGGUUUUGUAUGUCUCUGUAGCAGCUUCAGCCUCUUGACUGUAGACAUUCACGGAGCUUUGGAUAAUGUACGAAGUUUAGAUAAGGGUUUUAAAUCAAAGUUGUUGUGAGCAGAGAUUGAAGUCUAAAGCACAGCUCAGUCACGGAAACUUUAAUAUGACAAAAAUCUUUUCGUUCUUUCCCUGGGCUUCCUGCAGAGGAAGUUGCUUCACCACUGACAAAACUGGGAGUUGUGAAAACUGAUGCAGGGAAAGGGGAAGUGAUGCAUUGUGGUUAGAAUUGAUGAUGUUGGUCUGUUGUCUUUCCUGCAUCUUGUUGUGUCACGCUGUGAUAAGAAAUGACAUAAAAGGUGUUUGUGCUGCUCAUCACCAUUUGUCUUUGGCUCAAUGGUUUUACAUCACUUCUUUUUCUUCUGUGAUUCGUAGACCAAGGACACCUGGGCAGAGCAGUGCUUAGUGUCCACAUUCACUCUGGAUGACACUCUUCUUGGUUAGCUAAAUAUAGACAGUGUUUAGAAGGUGGCAGGCAUUGUGAUUCACACACAAUGUUGAUGAGUUGCUGUGAUUCAUUCAUUUAGAUGACCUUCAUGAAGUGGGUUACUGGGCAGAAAAGUUGCACUUGUUUAUAGUAAGUCAUGAUGCAGCUGUUAAUAUGCAUAUACCUUAAGUUUGUCUGAGGUUUAUUAUCAACUCAAGGACACUCUGCAUUUGACAGCAGUUUUCAUGCAUCCAACUAUUAACCCCAAAAAUGUAUGUUAAGGGACAAAGGUGCUGUGUUUUGAGUGGAUGACAUACAAAAAAUGUUUGAACCUCUUCUCCUUUAUAAUACGGGCUUAUCAAAACAUCCACUAACCAGUUAAGGAAAACCAAAAACCGCCUUGCAAACUUAACACUGUGAUGACCAGUAACCUGAAUGUACAGACAUCUGAGUAUUUCCUUAAUAAGCAAUAGAAAUGGGUCAAAGUGUCCUGCAGCAGACAUACAAAAAUAGGACAAUUUCCAGCUCUCAGUGAGUCUCACCAUGCUCCGCUGCCUCACUUACCUCUGCAAUAGAAAUGCUUCCUUGCGAGCUCGCUUGUGUUGCACACCUGCUGCUUCUUCCUCUGAAACACUUCACUGCCUCCUCAGCUGCUAUUUCUUCCAUUUGUCCAUUCAAACAUGUUAUAACCAAGCAUCUUUGUUUCUGUCUAUUUAAUUCUGAUUUUUUUUUCUUCCUGUCAACAUCAUCUACAUCACCUUUUAUACCUCUCUUUGCUUCAUGACACCUCUCCCUGCAGAUUGCAAUCCACUUUCUCCAGCAUCAAGACAUGUAGACAGGACAGCGUAGCCAGAGCACAUUACCCCAUCUGAGCUCUUUUUCCUCUCCAACAGGUAAAUAAUCGUGUCAUACAUCUGUGUGUGGUAAAAUCCUCCCAUUUAGUGAUUGUGCUGCUUCUGAGCAUUUACACAGCAGGCAAGUCUGGCUUUGACGAGCAAUAAUCUUAAUUAUUCCAAAGUGACCUUAUCCUCUUUGUUGUGGAAACUGUAACUGAAUCCACGGCAUCUCUCUUGUAGUUAGAACGGAUCUAAACUGGUAACAGAAGGAUUUCUAUAUCUAAUGCAGCAAUUGGCCUCGCUGAAAACCAAUCCAGAGUGUUGAAAGUGAUCUGCCUGUCCAUCUAUCUGCACGUCUGUCUGUCUCCACAUCCAUGCAUUAUAGUCGCAGGGGGAUAUAGCUUUGUGUGUGUGUGUGUGUGUGUGUGUGUGUGUGUGUGUGUGUGUGUGUGUGUGUGUGUGUGUGUGUGUUUGACACCAAAGAGGAAAAAAGGCAAGGACCCCAUGCUUGCCAUACCUGCCUUGUAACACAAUCCUACUAAACUUACUUUGGGUGCUCGUAUCGGUGGCUUUAGGAAUAUCAAUGCUCUUGGUCAGUUGUGAAGGAGUCCACUAAAGGCCCGACUGAUACCUUUAAGGACUGACAUAUGUAAAAACUUAACCUGUAUGUGCAUGUAGACACACAUAAACAUGAACACAACCAUACAAAUACACAAAAGCAAAAAGCACACCAAAGCUCAGGGGAACAGGGUGUUCCUGAAAAGGAGAACAGAGAGCAGUGGGGGUUAUUUUAGUCAGUGGAGUGGGCAGACAGAUAGCUUAAUGCGGAAAGGGUGUGUGUGUGUUUGUGUGAGUGUGCAUGGUUGCAAACACUGAUGGCAAGACUGGUGAAGUGCACGGUGCUGUCAUCCUUACAUGACAUAGGAACAACUGCUAACGGAUAUAGAACCAAAGUGUCAGAAAUAAAUGGUAAUAGUUGAACACAGAUUGCUUAAAUGACGAUGUAAUGGAGUUAUUAAAGUUUGUGAAUGAGGUUAGUAUAUCUGUAUAAAUUGUAUAGUUUGUGCAACCUUGAGGGAUUUUUCUACUGCGCUGUGCAAAACGUCUCUGAUCCUGUCGUAGACACACUAAAUACAUUUUGUUUAAUCAGCAUUUGUCCAACCACCCAUUUCAUAAUACAUCUUUUUUUUUUUUUUAAACUGUGAUAUGCAGCUGUUACUGCGAUACAUGUGGGUGCACACGUGCUUUGUUGUGAGAGCAUCAGUGUGUGCGUGCAAGUACACACCCCACACUGUUGGUUGUGAGAAAGGCCUCUCUUGGCAUUGCACACUUAGCUCUAAAAAUACACACUCCACAAAUUAACACCAUGUCUCUGAGCACAGGUGCCCCGCACUGCCCCCAAGUGUGCACUUUUGUGUGUGUAUACACAUAUGUAUAGACCCUGUAUUUUUGUUUUUUGGUGUCCCCUGUAUUUUGCACACUUCUGUGUACUGCGAGCGUACAGUUGGCAUGUAUGUUUGUGACUAAUCGGCGGCACAAUCCAGAGGUGACCCCUGACCUUGGCUUCCUCCGCUCUGCAUCCUCCCACUGACUGUCAGUUUUUGAAGUGAGGGGCCUGUGACAUCACAGCAUCUGACACACAAUGGCCGCUGUGUUUUCUCACUGCGUCACAGAUGCCUUCUUACCCCAGUGGAUGCCAGGCAAUGGGAAGGCUCCCGUGUGGGAGAUCAUGCUGCCUGGUAGCAGUGUGUCACCAUAUGAUAUCAGGAAGUGAUAUCCUGUAGAGUGUGUGUGUUUGUGGUACAUUACAUCAUAUGUAUAUUAUGGAUAACGGCUGAGUCACUGAAGCGGUACAUACCCAACAUGAAUCGGAAAAUAUAGACGCUCAAACUAUAGAUUUAAUGUUGCUUUUGGUUUCAUUCUGCAGAUCUGAUCUGAGGGCUUUCAAAGAACUGUUCAAAUAGAUAUUAACCUGAACUUGUUUGACCUAGAGUGACACCUGUUUCAAAGAGCCAGCCCUAGGCACACAUGAUCCUUACUCAUUUAUUGAUAUGGUGUUGAGAAGUUGAAGAAGAGGUUGGAGCCUGACAGAUAUCAGCUAGCGUAUAUAUGUGACAGAUAUAAUAAGAUGUACAAUAUGGCAGCACAAGGAAGAAAAUUUCAGGGCAUAUUACUCACAAAACAAGUUUUUAUUUAGAGAUAGUGUCUUUCUGUGUAGUGUAUAUUUGAACUUCAUAGUUAAAGCUCUCAGCAAAUGCAGCUUUUGUUAUUGCAACAGUUCUUUUUUCUUUUGAUAAAUCAGUUCAAUUUAGCGUGCAAAGCGACCACUUGCUGCUGCGGAAUGAUUUAAUCAGACCAGUAGAUAUGAAUGUAUGCCUUUGACUGGACUGUCUGGUUCAAGUUCAAGUAAUUAAAAUGUUUCAUCAACAGAAACACGGUUUGUAUUUCAAAAAGGAGCACAGCUGUGAAAACGUGCGGUGUAUGAUUUUAUCUUUGCAUCAUCAAAGCACAUAGCAAAGGCUCUCCUCCAGCUGACAUUCUUACUUUACUGAGUGUGUAGAAAUGCACUCAGCCCAUUUUUCAGUCCACAUACACUGUGCUGCAUUCCACCACUGUGUAUUUGUGUGUGUAAAAACACAUUUGUUUUCAGCUUAGGUGCACUUUGAAAGAGAAAGGUAUCCAAGCCACUACUUUUACAGGAACCGCCUUUGAAGCCUGAGAUGUGAGCUGCAGAUGUGACAGAUAGUCCUGCAGCAUCAAGAGUCGUGUUUGCGUCUCUCUACUUCAGCGUUUUUUUUGUGUUUAUGGAUGUGAUAUCACCGUCUGUGUAUAUGCCUUUUAGUUGUAGUUGUGAUGUGUUGUGAUUUGGGUGCAUGUAUGAGUUGAAACGUGUGUGUUUGGAUGUGUUUCUCUGCAUGGGUGUGUUUUUUCGUUCGUUCUGUCAAAUGGGCACAAAGCGGGCAGUGUGUGCCCCCUCGGAUGCUGAAAUGUACACUUCGUACAACAGGCGGCUUCAGUCCUCAAUAGGAGCUGCCCUUCUUAUUGUACCUCAGGCACAAUGAGCUUUUCUCUCCCUCUCUGUAUUUCUCUCUUUAGCACCAUAUACAGACAGUGUUUCUGAUGAGAGACUGGAGGAGGCAGAGGAUGAUUGGUUGGCUUAGUCCCUGACGUACCUGUCACUGCUUUUCCGCAUCAUAUCGUCCUCAAACCUAAAACCGAGAAGAAGUGUUGGAGGACAAAAAUCUUUUUUUUGUUUUUUUGUUUUUUGAUUUUUGAUUUUGGAGUUUCAUGACACCUUUGUGGAUCCAGGCAAGUGCAGCCAUGCAGGGGAUAAAUACACAAGUCAUAGCAGAAGGGGAACUAUAAGUCCGGGAGUCCCCUCUGACUGUGUGCGUGUAUGCAUGUGUGUGUGUGUGUGUGUGUGUGUGUGUGUGUGUGUGUGUGUGUGUGUGUGUGUGUGUGUGUGCGUGUGUGUGUGAUAGAAACAGGAGGGGGUGUUUCUCAGGAUUUUAAUGGGUGUUCCCCAUCUUCGUCCCUCACAUGAUCACCCAAGAACAACAAGACCACAUGACUCUCAUAUGACCUCUCCACCAUUAUAGAGGAAGUACCUCUGAAUACUCCUUGUUUUUGUGGGUACAUGUUCAGGGGUCUAAGACCAUUAAUGUGAACCUCCUUCAUCCUGAACCCUUCCUAACCAUGUGAGUGGGUCUGACCUCACGGAUGAGGUCAGACCCACAUAGAGCGUAUUAACGCCAUCAAGGCCUGGUCUCACAUGCAGUCAAUCAAACAAAGUGUCGUAAUUAAGAAACACAUACAGAUUGUUUAUAUAACUAUAUGUAGGGGAGAGUGGGGUAAGUUGAGCCAAAGGGUAAGUUGAUCCACCCCCUGUUGCUUGGAAAUGGUAAAAGAAAUUGAUCAUGUGACCAAAUAUUGAGGAGAUGGGCAUCAAUUCAUGGAGUCUGUGAAGGUUAGAAGCACAUGGGUGAAGUGGUUAGACAUUUAUUUACAAAAAUACAUUUGUCACUCUUGAAAGUGAAUUUAGUCUGUCAUAAGUUUUAUUAUUAUUAUACAUCAAUUGUGGUAUCUAUGAGCUACAACAUGAGGUCAAAAACCUAGCAUAAAAGUCCACCAUUUUAGCUUAGAGGACUAAUAAAGUCAUGAUAGUAGUUCUGGGUUGAAUAGUGUAUAAUAGAUAAAAAUACACAUGAAUGUGAAGAAGUGACUGUUACUUAGGGAGAGAGAAUGUGAGGGAGGGCUCGGUUGGACAGUGCAGGGGUAGUAGGGAUACGGCUCAAUUCACCCCACUCCUAAGGUCAACUUACCCCAUACACGGGGUAAGUUGACCUUAGGAGACCACUUUUUUUUGCAUGCUAUAUUAUCAAGACUGUUCUGUUUACACUCAUUCUGUUGGUUGGCAGGGAUGGACAACAUCUUGAAAUAUAUGCAGAUACACUAGUUAGAGACAAAACUAUGAUUGCCUUGAUGUAGUGAUCUGAAAUAUGAAGAAUGGCUCAUCUUACCCCACUCUCCCCAUCAUAUUUAUGUACAUAUGACUCAGAGACACACACUGCUUAAAUACUGUAAUUAUACAUAAUUUAGAAAUACGGUUCAUUAAUCAUUGUAUGUAGAUAGGUGUUAAUUGGUUGUAAAAAAUAUAUAUUGGAUGUCUGUUAAAAGCCACGUGGUCUGUUUUUCAGUUUUACUAUUUUCAUGUACACAACAAAAACAUCAUAUGAGUACACUACACAUGCUGUAGACAACCAGAUUCUUUCUUGAGGUAGUUAUUUGAGGCCUCAGAAAGAAAGAAAAGGAGAAAGAAAGAGGGAAAGAAAGAGACAUUGUAGAGAAAGCUCUGGGGCUCUACACUCGAUAAAUAGAACAGGGAUUCUGACAAACUAUCUGUAAACAACUUGUGGAAAGCUCUCCAGCUGCUGUUGAUUCAGUAGAAACAUGGAGUCCUUGUGAAUGAUGGACAAGUGAUCAAUCCAUCUGGCCUGAGGUGCAUCAAGAUAAAGUUUUCAGGCAUACCUGCAGGAGGAAUGGCAGCAGUGUGUAGAUCUGUGAUCUUUGAGCUGACAGGAGGCUGUCAGGAGAAUGAUGAGGUUCUGUUAACAUUCUUUGAAAUGAGCUUGUUUAGUGUCUGACCUAGAGAAGGAAUCUAUGUUCGGUCCAUCUAGGUAAUGGGUUUAUUAUGGCCCACUUGAGUAAACAUCGUAGUGACAUAUUUUGCAUGAGUUUCUGUCAAAUCUUGUGACUUAUCUUAAAAUUAGGGAGGGGAUGUCCAAAAUAUAGUCACAGACAAAACGGAAAACGAAACUAUUAUGAAGACGGGCAGCUUUGCUUGUUUAAUAUCAAAAUAGUCUGUCACAAUAUUACGGCCCAUUUCCCCUUUUCCUUUUAUGUUUCUAUGUCUCUAAUGCAUUUCUUGUCAAUGGGUUGAAUGAGGGAUUUCUGCCCAAAAGAGUUUGUGUGUUAGGUAAGAAGUAGAGAUUGUACAGCAUCAUCUCUUGAGAGCAGUGCUUUUAAAGAACCAUCCACUUACUUUGAAUUGACAGGAUUGAUUUUUGCAACUGCAUCAAAUUCAACCUUCUUUUUUCUGUUAUUGUUUUUGAUUUGUUUUUGCCUUUCUCAUCCAAGUCUGACUUCGACUUAUCUCUUGUUUUAUUCCUAGCAGUAUCUUCUACCUCUCGGGCUGGACUGUGGAGCACUGACGUCAGCUCGCCCUCCCCUGCCCCCUCGGCCCCCAGCAAUGGCCUCACGCAUUGGGCUGCGGAUGCAGGUACGGCAUUCUCCACCAACAAAAUGCAGCAAAUUAAAGCAUUUGAUCAGCCUAUGAUCUGUGUGUCAUGUUGUGAGAUGUAUUCUGAAGGGAAGAUACUUAGGUCUACAUAACAUUUUUUGUCGUGUGUCUUUGAGCAGUAGUCAUUUUGAUGAUAAAUGGAUUCUGAAAAAAUUGACCGUACUGUUUGCCAUUGAGAUAUAGAUUCAUUUAUCUGCGCCAGUGGUGUACUCAAGCUCUUUGAGGAGCAGGGGCAUAAAAAAAUAGAAAGGGCACCUUCUGUAUUCCACAGGCCACCAGUGCUCAGAAUGAAGCAGUAAACGUUUCAUUUUGGCAACCCCAGACGGUCGGAGGGUACAGAAGUGGAAUAGAUUCCUGAUUCACACAGUACAGGGUUCAUUUAACAAACAAAAAGACGGAGGCUCUGAAAUUUUGAGUAUCUGAAUUUCCUUUUGGAGAUCAAUAAAGUUCUUAUCUCAGUACCUAAUGAAUAUUUAUUCACCAUGUAGAGGUAUUUUGUAAAGAUUUCAAAAAUAUUAAAAAAAAAAAUUAUGUUACUUCCUGCAUGAGGCCCACAUUCUAGUAACAUUUGAUCUUUUAUUUUUCUCAUGGUCAUUUUGAAACUGAGUAAUUUAAAUGAGGUAAAAAAAUGUUUCAGACAUGAGGUCACCAGGGCGGGCUACCCCUCCCACCACCACCAUACAGCACACAGUUAAAUGUGAUGUGUAUGGUCAGCCCUUAGUCUCUAGACUAAUCUACGAGCCACGAGAAAGACCAUCAAAUUAGUCAGUUUAUUGGUCAGAAUGCCUUUCUGAACAGCCGUGUAAUGCGCUGUUUUAUGUCUUUAUGUGUGUCCAGCUGAUGCGAGACCAAUUGCAGCAGGAGGAGCAGCGUGAGAGGCAGCAGCUUCAGCUUCAACAGCAACAGCACAAUGCAGCCCUGCAGUAUAUGCAGCAUCGUAUGGCUGGGCCUCCUGCACCCACCCCUGCCAUCAGCACCCCUCAGCAUUACCAAAGCAUGCAGGUCCCUGUGGAGGUUCUCAAGGUCAGUGGGAGUGGGAAAUUUAUAUUCAGUUUCAUGAUCAUCUUUGUUUUUUUUAUUUACCACCAAAUGGUUCACUCUGUUAGCCAGGUAGCUUCGUCUGAGCCAAGAAAACAAGUUGUGAUUGGUUAUUUGUCUUUCUAUAUAUUAAAUAAAAUAUAAAAAGUUCAAUUAUUUGAAAUCAAAAGAAAUUAGUCCUCCUCUGUAAGAAACUACAGGGGAAAAGGAAAUGUUUGGCCUUAUUAGAACAGUCAGUCUUUAUGACACACUGAAGUGAACUAGUAUUUCAGGUUGUUGAUUGACCGCAGUAUGUACUUUUGAUUAUGAUUAAUGUGUAAUCUGACAGUGUCUUGUUGAACAGGAAAAAAAUCACUAAUAAUUUAGCAGGAAAAUCUAAAGAUAUUUGAAUUCCUUUUCACUUUAUGUGCUUGGAACUUAAGACUUGUGUUUUUAUUCAGACUUCUGGUCUGAAUGACAGAAAAACUGAACGCCAAGUCAAAGGUCCUAAACAAUGUUGGAUUUUUGCACUGCAGCAAUGCCACACAGGGGACAGAGAUGAUGAAAAAAAGCAGGCAGAAAAAUGUGGCAUAGCAGCAAGCAGGUAGGCUUUCAGAGCUGGGAGGAAGUCGAGGAGAUAAGAAGAGGUUUGACAUGUUGUGUGAUAGGACAGACAAGAGUGAUGUAGAUAGUCUGAGUCAGACAGGGACAGAUAAAGCUUAAGUGACAUUUUGCCUGAUUCCUAAGAUGCUUGUGUGUGUCCUUAUCUGUGAUGGUUUGUGUCUGUGUCUGCAUGGGUUUGUUCUGCAUUCCAUUUUAUGCAUGUUUGUGUUGAUUCGUAGUAAAUAUGCUUGUGUAUGGAUCAAUUUGCUGCACGGACAGUAUACUCUGUGUGCAUGCACGUGUGUGUUUGUGGGGGAAGCGGGUGCGUUGAGUUGUCAGUGUCGUUUCCUUUCAUGGUUUAGAUAAGAUGACAUGCAUGUCCAUCAGUCUCACUGGGCAUGUCAAAUCUCUCAGGCUGUUUCUUUGGACUUCAUCUGUACUGACAGGGUUGGGCAAACAGUUUUGUCUGAAUGUUUGUCCCCUUUGGGCUCACAAAACAGAUUUAAAGCUGACAGACAGUCCUGUGAAUUUAUCCAAAGUGAAAAGCAAUAUAAAAAUCAUAAGUGGCAGUUUUUUGAAAUUCCAGAAGUUUCAGGUUGGUUUGAUACAGUCAAGACAAUCAAAAGCAAAAGUGGGUCAGAGGAGUUAAAGCUCCGGCCUGCUCUUACUUAACUUCACUGUUUGAACUGAAGGAAAAAGUUCAACCUAUUGCUCUCUGCAGCCACAUCAGAGGAUUUAGUGCCACUUUAACCCUGCAGGCAUCACCAAUGACCUUAUGGCCCUGUUUUAUCGUGUUGGGUCAUUUGCGAAUGAUUCGUUCAAAAGAACGAAUCUUUAAAGUGAACGUACUGAACUGAAUCACGUCCUCAAGUGAUUUGUUCAUUUCUCAGUUCAGUUGAGUUGUCAGCGCAGCUGCUAUAGCAUGCAGCAUUGCAGGGCGAAAAUGCAGCAAGGGACCGCACGCGCCAACACCUGAACCACUUGGUGAACGAAUCACACAGUGAGCUACACUCUCUGGAAUCAUUUUCAUCUGAGGGAUACAAUUUCAUGGCCACCAUUGUUCCCUGUUGUUUUAACAGGUUUAGUUCCCAAUUAAACAAACUUAAAACGUUAGGCUGGCAGUAAUGCGAAGAGAGUAAGACCCACUCGCUGAAGCAAGCUCUUGGCUGGAGCAACGGAGGGAGACAGGGGUGUGUUGUGUUCAAGUGUACCUCGGAGAAAACUAAGUUGUCGCAGGCUCCUCUCGCCAAGCGCUAAAUGAUUCAGUGAUUCGGUGAGGGAAUUUUUUGAACUUUAGUGAACUGAUUCUAGUGAUUCAGAACAUCUAAAAGAACCACCGUGCCCGUCACUACUGUUUUACAGGGCCAUCAUAUGUAUUGGAUCAGCAUCUGAAACACAUGUUCAGUGUACUAAGUCAUUUAUACUAAAAUGUUAGUCUGAAAUCAUGAUAAAUUUACUGAUGAUAAGCCUGUUUUGUGAGGGGAAUAUCAUUACUGUCACGAGUUUUCACUGGUUUGUAUUUUAUGUGGCCUUCAAUCACAGCACAUAAGGCAAAAAUGCUCAGUAAAAAAGAGACAGAAGUAUUAUUCUGUUACCUUCUGGCUUUCAUGUUUAUGUUCUAAAACCAAUCCAUUAUUUUUCUGGGUAAAUUGGCAAUAAGACUUGACUCGUUUUGAGCAAAAAUGAGCAGUAUUGCCCUCUGACUAAGGAACUAGUUUGUUUUUUUUCCUGAAAACAACCACAUUCUUUUUCAAAGUUUUUGUCUGUUUCCUUUUUUAAAUUAUGGGCUCUUUGUGUCUUCAAAGAUCACUGUGUUACUAUAAAAAUGUGGUCAUAAGUCCUUCAUUAACAUAUUAAGAAAGACACGAAUCAUUACGAUGCCGUAUUGGGUCAACAAAGACAGCAGCCCAGUAUUCUGUUCAUUUAACUUAUUGGUUAACUCUCUUCUUACUCGGCGACUGUGUUGUGCUCAAAGAUUUCAGGACCAAGGUUUAGGACUGAAUGACGCGAGGACUACUUUUGCUAUUGCUGCCCACGUUAUGAAUGAAACAGUUUUGAAAUGUGAAACCAUUUAAAGGAAGAUGGGUUGGCAAUAUGAAUUUGUGUUUAUGAAUGUUUUUAUUAUUUUUAAUUGUGUUCAUGUUUUUAUUUGUUCGGAUUUUACUGCCCCUGGUAAAGAGACCUUUAUUUGCAAAAUAAUAAACAUAUUGAAAAUUUACACAUUUUUUUCUGUCAACUUCUCUAAAGGUACAAACCCACCUGGAGAACCCUACAGACUACCACAUCCGUCAGUCUCGGAAGCAACAGGUGAAGGAAUACCUGUCCACUACCUAUGCCACCAAGCAGGUACUGUUUUUAAAUCUUUGCUGUGAACUAAAAUUAACCACUACCUUUCUUUAACAAGAUAAACUUGAUGUAGUUUUCACCCUGCUGCAGAUUUAUCUAUCAGAUUUAAGUCAUUAACAUCACCACUUCUCUUUCUCUCUCUCUUACUCUCUCUCUGAAGACGGUCAAUGCAGCAGCAGGGCUGGUUCCACCCUCUCCCCCUGCAAACAUGGGACCCACAGGUGGAUCGGCGUCUGCACCCCCACCCCUCCAUUCUCCACACAUGCGCACAGAGCAGCUCAUGUCUGGAAACAGCGCCCCUAACAGCCCCAUGGCCAUGCUCAACAUCGGCUCCAGCCACGAGAAGGAGGUAGGCGCCCGCAAGCGUGAGGUGUCAGACUGAGGCGUCAUCAUAAACUUUUAAACAUUAAUUCCUUUUCUGUGAUAACGAACAAUCAGCAAGAACAAGCUUGACAGAUUAUCUCUUAAACACAACUUAAUGGCACUCUUUUAUAAAACUGAGGAUUGAAUAUUGCCCCUAAAGAGACACCACCUCCACAUUUUAUGAAAGCAUCAUGAUGAUUUAAUUGCUCCUUGGUAGGCGGGUGCAGUGUUUGUAAAUGAGUUGCUGUUAAUGUGUUGUGAAAAUAGUAUGUGAGGGGGUGUAUGUGUUGGCUAACUGAGAAUAGCUGAAACUGGUUACCACUGAGAUUUAAAUGCUUCAUUAUGGCCUUACAAGAGUCAUUACAUCUUUACAAGUGACAGCAAAAUCUAAGGCCCUUUGAACCUGACAGACUUUGACCAUCUCUCCUCCACCUCUUCUUUGUCUUUCCUCCUUUACUCACCUUCUUUAAAUCUCUACUGGAAAAAUAAAGUUUCACCGUAAAAGUCAUCCUUUAAAGUCGUCUCUUGAGUAAAUCAUGUGUUUUUAGGCAAAUUCAUAAAAGCUGAAAGACUUCAAGUGCUCGGUUUAAGAGAAAAGUUAUGACACUUUUUUUAUGUAUGGUGUUAAAAAUAUUUAGUUACCGGUUGACUCUUUACAAAAGACAUAAUGGGCCUCAAAAAAUUAUAACAAUUUCGGAUUAAAAUCAUUUUCCUGUUUUGUUUUUGUCUUAGAUGGAUGAGGUCAUUGACCACAUUAUCAGCAUGGAGUCCAAUUACGAUGAUAUUCAGGCAUACAUUGACCCUGUCCAGAUGCCAAACACAGUAAGUGAAGCCUCUUAAACUAGGUGGAGUUUCAGGAGUCCCUUUGUUUUUUUUUUGUCCUUUCAGUUCAGCAAACAACUUUUUCACUUGUACAUUUAAGGUUUUAUUUUUACAGAACAUUUUCCUGGGAAGUUGCAGGUGUUUUCUUUUUCUUUUUCUCUGUGGGUGUUGGGAAGGGGCAGCGUGGUCAAACUUCAGCGUAGUGUGUCGUAUUCUGCGGAUUUAUAGAUUGUAAAGCCCAAAGCGUUAAAUAAGUGAAGUGUCAUUUCCUUCCGUUUUUAAGACAAAUUAUCUUGAAUGCACAUGAAAGUCACCUUCAUUUUGCAAAGAAAUAUAAAUCAAGAUACAGUUAUGAUAAAAUAAUGCUCCGAUAGAGUGACAGUUGCAAUGCCAGCAAUUUGAGUGAAGUCUAGAUUCAACCUAGAGACUUUAUUUGAUAAAGGUUUGGGCAGAAUAACUUCAAGAAUCAUAAAUAGAUGAUAUACUACACUAUGCUGUAUUGCUUGUGAUUUUGUAUUUUCCAUUUUGCACUGCUUUUAUAACAGUAUCGUUUACAAGGAGUGUAUGUAUCUUUUGUUUUUGGUCCACAGUCAUCUUGCACCUUUUACGUACCUCCAUGCAAACACCCCCCAUGAAUUCACAGAGUAUAGUGUGCUGCGUCGCUAGUGCUCAGACUUUGAUUUUCCAGGAGUUCCUCUCAUCACAGUUACUGCUCAAUCCUUCUAUGUCUUUGUCGCCCCACGGUUUAUGAGUAAUUUUUCUUAAUUAUUCCGACUGAUUUUACUUACUACUGUUAUUAACAGUGUAUUUGUAAGUCAAACAUACUAUCUCAGCCGUUUACAUGUUUGCCUUUAUGGAUCCAUGAACAAAACUUGAUACAUAAACUCACGAGUGCAUGUGCAAAAUGUGUAAUUGACUUAAACCCUGCACAUUCCAUCCCAUAACCAGGCUGGACAUAGUUACAAACUGUAAAGAAGACAUUUCAGACGAGGACUGUGCCGUGCUUUGUGUUGAGGGCAACCAACUCAGAAAAUUAACAAUUAAACUGCCAGCAGUUAGAGUUCAACUUGUUUACAAGACAUGCAGCGCAGGAGGGAGGUGGAGAAGGAGAGGGGGGGAGGAAGGGAGGGAGGGAGGUAGAGGGGGAUGAGGGCAAUUUGUGCAAGGGGAAAACAGGCUGAAAGUCCAGUUAGGGGAAAGUUCACUCUUGUUUGGUGGGGAGUGGAGGUAGAAGAAAGACGGGAUCGGUGCAGCCCAGGUCAGUCUCACAGGACAGGGGCAGCGGUGGUGGAGAGGAGAGGAGAGGAGCUGUGAGAGAGAGAGAGAGGGAGAAGAAGAGAGUGUGCUGGCCUAAAGAGGGCGGGAGUAGAAGAUGAAGGAGAUGAGUAAGACAUAUGCCAUUGUGGAAGUUAUUGAAGGAGAACAGAUUCAGCUGGUAAGACACUGAAGUGCUGUGUGUUUGUUUGUUUGUUUUUUAAUCAGACUGUUUAGUAUGACUCUUCUUAGGGCGUUAAGAGUUAGGCAUUUGCUCCGAGUGAAGCAGCUUUGACAGAUGCAGUCACGGCUCUAACUCCCAACCCGAGGUCCCUGAUUAUAGAGUGCUGGCAGCAGAGUGGGUGAGGGGUCUUGGCUUUAAAUAAAUGAUGGUUUGUGUGUUGGUUUUGUUGGUCAUAAGGACUGGAUUAAGACUUCCUACACUUUUUGAGAUGAUUUUUGGCAUCAUUUUGGGCUUCGCUGUAUAAUUAUAGUUGAGAUGUAAGCCGGUCUGAACUCAGCUCAUUAUGUAGUUGUCUAUCUGACUGUGUGUGAGGGGGGAACCUCAGGCUUCAGCAUGUAGCUUUUUCUGAUAGUAUGCCCUGUACUGUUGAUUGUUUCAUCAGUGUGAGUGUGUAUGCAUGCAUGAGUGUGUGUGUGUACCUGUUACCAUUACACUGACUGAUUAGAUUAAGCAAUCAAUCAGCCCUCAGAGUGAUUACUGUGUGAAACCAGCACAGAACCGACUGACAGAGAAACUCUGAUCACUUGGAUCAAUAGUACAGCAUACUGCAGCCGUGUAAAGUUAUCCACAUUAUUGACAUGUUCGCAGAUAAAGAGGGAUGUUUUGUGUUUCCAUUCGCAGGACAGAAUUUCUUAAAGUGACAGAGCAGUGAGUUAAAUUCACCUGCUAAUCCUGAUGAGGAUUAAAGCAGCAAACGCUGUGGAAUUCGUGGAAUCUCAAAGUUUAGUAAAAGCACCACUGAAUACCAGGCACAAAUGAACCGAGCGUGUAUGAGAACGUAUGCGUAUUCGUAGUUAAACCGAGCAAUACUGAGUCUCAGUCAUGCUUGCUUAGAUGGGUUCAUAUCAGAGCUGGCAGUCUGAUCAGGACAGGCAUGAAAUUAGAUUUACCCUGUGAUUUUUUUUUUCCUGUUUGUAUCAUCAGCAGCAAAACAGGAAACAAUUAUAUAAGAGAGGGGAACUGUAAAAUGUUGGAAUUCAGAUUUAUUUUCCGUGCUGUAAGCUGAAAAAGUGGAGAUUUGUGCCCCAAACGGUGUGUUAAGUGUGAAAAAGUCAGUGAAAAUACUUUUGUUCCUCUCUCCAGUGGAACUAUGUCACUAAAUGUGAUGAAGACGAACCUAAGAUGUGGUUUUACACAUUAAACUGCUACAUUGGAUAAAAUGCAGCUGAUACAACUCAGUUUAUCUGUGCUUGAGUAAUGACCACCUGUCGGAUAUUUUUUUAUGAAAACCCACGUCCUUACUGGUGAAGAUUAACACUUCAUCGCUGUACUUUUUAGAUCUUUCUGUGAGAUUUCAAACAAGGCAUAGCAUUAACAUACAGACAUGAACGUGCAGGAGCGUUUGUGUGUGCGAAUGUGUUUGAUCUCGCAGCACACAGUAGCAAGUAGAUAAGGUAUCUAUCCUUUGAAGUUCUUUAUCUGUCAGGCCUCAUUAGCAGCGCCACGUUUGCCCUCCCUGCAGGGACUACAAUACGAUCACUAAGGAGGUAUAAAAAAGGCGCUCAUAAGACUUAAAGCAUACAGCACAAUUAAAAGGAAAUCAAGUCUUUUCUGAGGAGUCCACACAAAACUAAAUUACAGGCCUUAUGCAACGUCUAAAGUGCAAAAGUAAGGAGACCGAACCAGGAGAAGCAAGAGGAGAGAAUAAAGCCAUAAAGAGCAAUCGUAAAGAUAGGAUGAUAGUGAAUUAUUACUGUAUGUUUGGCAGGCUGUUCGUAGGUGUGAUGUUGUUGCAUUAUCUCCUUCUGUGAGUGUGAUCUGCACUUUACAGGACACUCAACACGAACGCUGACUUUAUGAAGGUACUUACAAAGAUGUUGGAAGCUGUAAAUGAGUCGUCUAGGAAACGAGGGAAAUAUCAUACAUUUAACAACAGUGUGACCCGAGUGUGAAUGAGCUUGACUUUCUGUUUUAAUUAAUUUUUAAAUUUCAUUAGGUUCAACAGUCACUCCUGUAUAACUAUAACUAAUCACAGGGAAGUAGCAUGCAAUUAUGUGAAACUGCAGCCCAUGAAAGUGUUUGAUUGUGUUGAUAGUUUCUUUUUCAAGGUUAUUUCACUCUUGAAUAGAAACACUUGAGUGCAUAAAGAGUUAUCCACAUAACCAGUCUGACCAUUUAUGACAAAACCUGUAUUUAACUUUGAUACAUUUAUUCAAUCUAUGUAUGAUACAGACCUAUGAACUACAUUCAUGAGUGCUGAGGUGGUUGGUUUUCUUACUGCAAAUAUCUGUUGUAUCUUUGUGCGGCUUUGUCUGUGCUCCCUCCCCAGCUCCCCCUGUCUAGCAGUCACCUGGAUGUUUAUACAGGUCCUGGGAUGAAGGGACCAGCCGUAGCCAUGACCAGUAACUCCUGCCCUGCCAAUCUGACCAUCAAACGAGAACUGUCAGGUGCGAACGUCCAGCACGUAAUAAUUAUAACUCUAAGAAAGCGUACUGACAUGUUGUUUGUAAGUUAUUUAGGAGAUUUUACUUCCUCAAUCUUAAAUUAUAUUCAGGAAAAAAAGGCAGUCUCUUAGUCUCAGAUGUUUGUUAAUCACUUUCUGUUUUUGCAAAGAUGCAGAAGCCCGUGCUUUGGCCAAGGAGAGACAGAAGAAAGACAACCACAAUCUGAGUGAGUCUUCAUUUCUGCAGCCCCUUUUCUCUGUCUCUCAUCAAUGCUGCAUACGCUCUUAAUAAACAUUUACACACACACACUAACUUAACACAUACAUACACACAUGCCCGCACACUCUAGCAGACCAUAAUCUGUCUCUUGCAAAAACAGUUUUAUACAACCUUGCACUGAUUUAGCUGACAUAGUGCAAAAUCUUGGUGGAUGGUUAACUUGGUCAUUUCUGCUGUUCUGGCACCCGAGUGUAAUUGCCUGUGACUGUGUGUGUGUGUGUGUGUGUGUGUGUGUGUGUGUGUGUGUGUGUGUGUGUGCGUGUGAGUGUGAGUGUUUAUGUGUAUGAGGGUUUGCCUCAACAUUUUUUUUUUUCAUGGAUUAAGCCUAUGUAAUACUCUAAUCUCACAUACAUUAGAUUAGUGAUCUAUUUCCUUCAGAUUAGAAUCAAACAUUAGAUUUCAAAAGGUCCCGGUCUGCCUCGGACAAGUUUUUCUGUCUUUCUGUUUUUUUGCAUUUUCUUAAUGAAUCUUCCUUUUCUCUGUUUUUGUCUCCUUUCUGCCCCUGCUUUUCUCCUCUGCAGUUGAAAGGAGGAGAAGAUUCAACAUCAACGAUCGCAUCAAAGAGCUGGGCACCAUGAUCCCAAAAACCAAUGACCUGUGAGUUGCUUUUGCUACAUGAUGAUGGAACCAUUGAGUUUAACCACCUGCUUCCAGUUACUUAUCUGUGUAAAUUGCUUUUUCACUUCACUGUAUGCACAGUGACGUGCGCUGGAACAAAGGCACUAUACUGCGGGCUUCUGUGGAGUAUAUCAAACGUAUGCAGAAGGACGUGCAGAGGACCAGAGAGGUGGAGAACAACUUCAAAAGAAUGGAGAUGGCCAACAAACAGCUGAUGCUGCGUAUUCAGGUAACACAAUCGAACACAGAUGGAGACAACAAAGUUUGACUAAUUUAAAAAUAAAUAAAUGUUGACCGAUGCAAAUUAGACAACAAUGUCAACACUUUUAAACACAAGAUGUUUGAUUCAGGUAAAAAGUGCAGAGACCCAAAGCUCUAGAGUUUGAAGGCACAAAUCAGGAAACUUUAAAUGCCAGAGCAUUUAAAAGAGAAAGGACAGGGGACUGUUAUGAACUGUCUGGGACAUGAAAAGACAAAAAGAUUGCUAAUGUGUCGGGAACAACUUCACCAUAUCUAUAUAGUUUAGUACUAAGUAACUUGUUGAUUAUUUGGGAAAGUAGCAGGUACAAAGUGCAGGCAUCCAAAAGGCAACAUUCUGAUAGACCUGUAGUUUCCUCUUGAUUUAGAUGUCUCAGUUAGUCAAGAAAGAGUAGGGCUGGGCGACAAAACGCUAACGAUCUACAGUACAGGCCAAAAGUUUGGACACACCUUCUCAUUCAAUGCAUUUUCUUUGUUUUCAUUACUAUUUAAAUUGUAGAUUCUCAAAACUAUGAAUGAACACAUGUGGAAUCAUGUGCUUAAGAAAAAAGUGUGAAAUAACUGAAAACAUGUUUUAGAUUUUAGAUUUCUCAAAGUAGCCACUCUUUGCUUUUUUGAUAGCGCUGCAAACUUUCGCUGUUCUCUCAAUGAGCUUCAUGAGGUAGUCACCUGAAAUGGUUUUUACUUCACAGGAGUGCCUGAAGUAACCCUGACAAGGUACUUCUGUCAUCAAGAGCAAAGAGUGGCUAUUUUAAAGAAACUAGAAUAUAAAACAUGUUUUCGGUUAUUUCACAGAAUUAAAAUUCUGUUAUUUCACACUUUUUUUAUAAGUAAAAAAUUCUACAUGUGUUCAUUCAUAGUUUUGAUGCCUUCAGUGACAAUCUACAAUGUAAAUAGUCAUAUAAAAAAAAAGAAAAGACAUUGAAUGAGAAAGUGUGUCCAAACUUUUGGCCUGUACUGUAUAUCAAAAAUUAAUUUCCCGCAAUAUCAAUAUAAAACAUGGCCAAUAUGCUUUUCAAUAGUCAUUCUGACAUGUUUUGGUAGACUCAGCCUAUGAGAAGGGGAGUUACUUUGGGUCCGCUUCGCAGUGAACCAAUCAUGUGCUGAAUCAGAACCAAGUAGCAAACAACUGCGUAGUAGCAGGGUGCAACCGUAGCACUUUUAGCACAUGAAGCCGACAGCACAGUCGGUGAGAAAAAAGAAAGAGUGCUGCCCCCAGCAGAAAUGCAGAUGAAAGCUCAACAGAUGACAACAUCGUCGACAACACCAGUACAAAUUAUGUCGAGUACAUGUUCUCGCAAAGUCAGGGAAUACCUCAAAUCUCACCACCUCACCACUUGAAGCAGUGCCACGCAGCAGAGCACGCGCAAUUCAAAAGGUUACAAACCCCGAGCAGAGCAAGGAGCCCAUGGCACCUGUGCAGCCGAAGCAGCCGACCAUUCAGCCCCCUUCUCGCCUUACAGCAAAACGUCUAAGAGACACAAAGGCCUCACACAUGCUACCAAUAAGCACUGUUAAACUUCAUUUUUUAUAUCGUGAUAUAUAUCGAUAUCGACUGACAUGAAAAAAUAUAUUGUGAUAAACUUUUCCCAUAUUGCCCAGCCCUAGUCAAGAGGGAUCACAAACAAACACAUAUCAGGUCGAUUUCCUCUCUCUGUCUGUAGGAGUUGGAAAUGCAGGCUCGUCUGCACGGUCUCCCCAGCAAUUCCCCCUCUGGCCUGAACCCCACCGACCUGAUGGCUGCUUACAUAAAACAAGAGACCAGCCCAGAGGAGAACCUCUCCCACCAACAAGCCCACCACCAGCCCCAGCACUUAACCCAGAACCAGGUUCAGUCCCAUGCCCAGCAGCAGCAGCAGCAGCAGCAGCAGCACCACUUCCUCCCACAGACCCAUCUUCACCACCAGGGCCAGGCUCAGCCCCGGCAGCUGCCGCCACUCCCCCAACACCUCCAGCCUCAGUUACCCAUCCAGUACCCUUCUGUGGGCAGCUCCCAGCCCUUUGACUUUGCCCAGUCGCUGGACUUGUGCGAUGGGAUCCCCAGCUUCUCAGACGGCAUGUCGGGGCUCGGUGACCUGGGUGGGCUGGACGUCCAGGGGAGGAGAGGCGAGUUGGGCUUCAUGAUGAUGGAUGAGCCCCUGUCCCCCAUGGGAGGAGACCCACUGCUCUCUGCAAUGUCCCCCGAGGCGUCGGUGGACUCCAGCCGCAGAUCCAGCUUCAGCAUAGAAGAUGGAGACAUACUGUAGACACACACACACAUUCACUCACUCGCUCACAUGCGCAGGGGUUUUAAAAAGGUUAUUGUAAAAACAGGAACAGCAGCACAUUUACAGCCCAGCCAACAAUGAGGAAUCAGCCACCAGACAGGACACUCAUUUUUGUGCAAUUACUUAAAGGAAUAGAGGGUACACAGCACCCACACAGUGAGAGUACUCCGUGUUGUACGAACCAUCACACACAUACUCGCACGCACACACACAACACACAAGUGCAUAUGAGAUAAACUUGACACAUUGCCCAACGGACAGAGCAUUUACAAGGGCUGAACUCACACUGCCAGGUCAGGAGUUAUAGCGUACACUUGGCCUCGUUUCCAUAAAGGUGCCUCUGAAACAAAAUUGAACAAGGGACAAAACCAGCAGUUAAUUAGAUUGAAGUUAUCAGAUACAAGGACAAACUGAAUGCAUUGUCUCACCGGAUAGAGGACAAGUUAUUUUCUCCUUACAUCAGCCUCUUUUAGCAAGCAUAAAUGAUUGAACCAAUGAUAGUGAAUAAAAUGGAAAUGGCUCCAUGGCCCUGCAUGCAUAAUUCAUCUUAAGGGGAUGCAGUCCAGUCACAUUGUUCUGUUACUCAAUCUGUUAUUCCACAGUUUGCUUUUGCCUCCAGCGCUAGCUGUUAAACAAAGAUCUGUGUUAGCUGACUGAGCUGAAGUGCCCACAUUUGAGAAACAUUUGGAUGGACAGAUAAUCCAGUUUUCGUUUAAUGCAUCCACUGUAAUCCUAGCUGUACUUGUUUUCUUCUCUAAAACACACUCUCUUACACACCCUGCUCUCCCCAAAGCCCAUGUCUUUCACACUGGAUACCGUUAUGACCUUUAUCCAAAGAAGACACUGGAAAAAGUGUGUUGACUCUGGCAAGAACAGAGGAUAGUUUUCGGAAUUCUCAGGUACUGUAAUAUAAUACACAAGCAGGAUCAUUCUUUAAGCAGAAGCAGAUGUUAACCUGAACUGUGUCUGGCUCACAACCCCUAUCAAUAUGCCUUUUCAUUUUUGCAGCUGCUGCCCUUCAAAGGCAUGUUUUUAUAGAUCAGCAGUCUUGACCAGGGUUUAGACUUAAAUAUCAACUUUACUUAUGCCUGCAAAUGCUUCAGAGUUUGCCUCUACAUUUGAAAACGUUUCAUUUUUCUGCCUCUAACUGGCUCCUUAGGCCUAGCCUUGUACCAAAGGGUCAGGAGACUGUAAGUUUAAGUGACAGGGUCUAUACUUAGUCUUAGGUGACAGCAGGUGAAGUGUAAUCUUAGCUGUAAAAAGACACACACUUCGCUCACUCUUCUUCUGUUCACAUGUAGGCAUCAUUAAAUGUUUAUCUUGUACACAAAUAGGCUUUAUAGUGCUCCCAUACCUACAGCUGAAGACAUCCAGUGCAGCCUUGAGGCUAUUUUCAAAUCAGCUUGUGUCCUACUCUGAUGAGUGGAGUGAAGCUGUUAGCUGCAGAGGCUGAACUCAGGUCUGCUAUUCACCUACAGUAAAGGGAACUUGUAAUCCCAUCGGUUGCGGUCAUCAUGGUGUUGUAUGGGGUCAGGCUGAGGUAAACCACAGUGUUCCUGUUACUGUGGUAACUCAGGCUUGGCUUUGAAUUGGUAUAGUUGGUCAUUGGUACUGAUAAAGGAAGAAAAAAAACUUUGGUGGUGAUUUUUUUUUUUUUUUUGAGUAAAAAAAGUGGUUGUUUUCUUUACUAUAUAGUUUGUUGUUUUAUUAUAUCUCCCAAAGCACUGGAAACUAUAUUAUUAUUUUGACUUUGUACGUGGAAGAAAUUGUGGAAUAAGAUUUAUUUCAGAUGUUAUAUGCCACUAAGCCACUUAAAUGUUUUAUUUGUAUUUGUUGUUUUGAUUCUGUUUCAAUUUUUACUCCAAAACAACUCAUUUCUUCAGCCAUGUUCAGUCAACACACUAUCGUAAGGCUGAUUAAGCCAAAGAUGUUUUGCUAGGGAAGGAGCAGGGAGACGUUUAUGAAUUCCAAGAUAGAUCAUGUACAUUUUUGAUGCCAUUUUUAUAUGAUUGGGAUUCUAUUUUUCAUUUUGUUUUUAAUUUGGAGCCAGACAUAGAUGAAACUGAUUCUUUGAUUUGAUUGAACCCAAAUUGCUCAUUGUAUAUGAAUGUAAGUUUUACCUGCAGUUCUGGUACGACUGAAGCACAACCACACAACUUUUCCCUCUGAGACUUUGGUUUCCAUGGAGACUGAAUGAUGACUGACUUCACAAAACUCUGAGCCAUGGAGUUGUGGUUGCCACGGCAUUGUAGCACUGACUCUAUUUCUGUGUUGUGCCUUUAUUCUCCCCAUUCAGCUACAGUUUGACAGUUUGACUGUCAAUGACACUCCAAAGAGCUGCUCAGGCUUCCUCUACUCUUCCACUAGAGGGCGCUCUGCAGUGCAAACCACAAACUACAUAGGGAAAAGUGGUUCUGAUUUUACUGAGAAUAUAAAAUGUUUUACCAGAAUCCA